AUGGAUACAAGACUGCAAGCGAUCGCGUGGUCUGGGACGAGCGGGAUUAUAAAUAGUCCGCUUGGGGAUGGAAUUGACGGCGGGGAAGACGAGAUGGGGGUUGUUUACUCGAGUCCAGCAGUUAUGACGACAGAAGGAAGCACAAUGUGCGAUAAGAGAACUGAAUGGCAGGGUGUUGCGGAAAACAAGACGAAGAUGUCGAUGAAGAUGGAGAGGAAGCCCGAGGAAUAA